UCCAUUUAUCCCCCUCCAUUCUCUUGUCACCUUCCCAUAUUCUCUGCACUGAGCUGAAUCGUUCUGUCGCGGAGCAUAAGCUUGAAUUCGCCCUUGCUUGUCUUCUCGGGUCGCGUGUGGAUUAGCUGACGAGUAUCGAACGAUGAGCCGGGUCGUGUUGGACGGCGGCGACCACUUGGUGAGCCACCUGUUGAAUUUCCCGGCGGACAGCGUCGAGAAGCUCUUGCUCUCGUCUCGUCCGCACGAGGCCGCCGCCGCCGCCGGCGAGUGCAAGGGCGCGGCCGGCAUCCCUGCCGAUAUUCUGGAGACCUCGAAGGAGUACGUGUUCUAUUUCGACGUCCCCGGCCUCCCCAAGUCUGACAUUCAGGUGACCGUGGAAGACGAUCAGAAGUCGCUGGUGAUAAGGAGCAACGGGAAGAGGAAGCGCAGGGACACGGAGGAGGACGAGGGCUGCAAGUACGUGAGGUUGGAGAGGAGGGCGCCGCGGAACCUGACCCGGAAGUUCCAGUUGCCCGACAAUGCCAACCCAUCGGCCAUCAGCGCCAAGUGUGAGAACGGAGUGCUGACCGUCACGGUGGAGAAGCUGCCUGCGCCCAAGCCCAAGAUGGUGGAGGUUACCAUAAAUUGAGGACGACCGCUGGCUCCUUCCUUCUUUUGCCAGUUCAUAGUUCGGUACUUUGUUUUGUGAUAGCCUUGUAGAUAAAUGAACUUCGUAGCUUGGGAUUGUUCCGUGGCGACGCACGCUGUGCGACCAUCUUGUGAGCAAUGUUAGGUUGUAAGUCCUCAAAUCCGUCGUGCUCCAAACUUACGUUGAGGUCCUAUCCAAACUCAGUAUGAAGUUGUCCAAUUCUCGCAACAUCCGAAGUUGUUAGAUCGUGCAUGUGUUCCUUAAACUGUUUUGUCUGCAACGGCAUUUCGAACUC